UAAAAGCUCCUAUGUUAUAACUUUGUCUAGUUGAUAAUUCUUAUAUCUAACUCAAACAUUAUUCCUAAUAAUCUUAUCUUUCUCGAAUAACAAGUCUUAUCAGACGAGAAAAAACAGUAUCCGGUGUACAGAUGAGCACAAUCUUCUCCCACGAUCCCGCUCUUUUGGUUCAAAAACAAAUCAUCACUGCCCAGAUCUCGUUCUGCCACUGAUUUCGCUGUCCUCAAGUGGGAAGAGUCCACUCUUCAACAAUGGAAGUUUGAAAUGGAAAUUUCCAUGACCAAAGUACUUUUUACCUUGUUAUUUGGUUUGGAAUUUUCCUGGCCAUGAAAACAGGACCUUUCAAUUCCCAAGGUUGAUUUGGAUUGGAUGGGAACAAGGAGCCUCUUUAUGGCUAAGACCCACAUUGAUUCCAUCAGCCUACGAGUUGUGAAUGAUUUUGUUUGGGUGAACAUGUUGUGGGCCUUUGGUUCUCUGCGGGUGUUCCUUUGCAAAUAUGUGCUCUAUGUUUUGGGAUUGGUGCUCAGAUACAUCUUCAGGUUUCUUCAUCUGGGAGAUGCAAAAGAUGAGGCUAUUGAUCAGAAAGUACCACAUGUGGAGAGGAACAAGCUUUCUGAUUCUGAGAUUGAUGGGUUCCGAGAGGAGCUGGCAAGUUUUCUGUUUUGGAGUGAUGAUUUUCAGGAAAAUGAGUGCUCUACCCUUUCCAUGGAGAUUGCUCCUGAAAGUGAGAAAAGAGAUGUAGGAAAUAAGUGCUCGGUUCUGAUGGACACCCACUGUGAUGUUCAUGAAGAUGGGAUGAAAACCGAGGUGCCCGUGAAGAGCUUUGUUUCAAAAGAAAUUGAAUUUGACAUUGGUGAAGCUGGUAUGAGUGUUACUCAUGAAGAUGGCACGGAAGCAGAAAGAGAAACAGAGGAGUUUGUUUCCAUGGAAACUAACUCAGAUGUUCAAAAGGUUGGUGAUGAUGAAGCCGAGAUUUCUAUUUCGACAGAGUAUAACUCUGAUCUCGAUCAAGGAAGUGUGGAGAGAGAAGAGGAAAUAGAAGAACCUGCGUCUGGGGAGAUUGACCCUGUUGUUCACGAAGAAGUGAUGAAAAUCGAUGGAAAUGAAACAAGCAGCGAUGUUUUAAUGGAGAAUAUCUCCGAAGAAACUGUAAAUGGCGAUGGGGAGAAAAUAGAAGAAAAUGAGGUCUCUGUUUUCAAUGAACAAGAGUCCAAUGCUCAUGGUGAUGAUACAGAGAGAGAAGAAAAAGAAGAAAAUUCAUAUGGGUGUGUCUCUUUGAACACUAACUCUGUAACAACCACAAGUAAAUGCGAGUACUUAUCAGGGAAAGAUAUAAGUGGGUUCAUGGAGGAACCAACAACAUUGAGGUUCAGUUUUCGAGAAUUUUACAUGGGUCCAGAUGUUUCAACCGUUUCUGAUAAUGCAUAUGCCAGCACCGAAAUUAUUGCCGACAAGGAAUUUUCGGAGUUUUGUUCAGAGAAAGACCCUGUAUCUCAAGCACAGACAGAGAACUCUGUUCAAGAUCAGGUUUCACCUUCUUCCACCCAUAUUCCACUUCACUUUGAGAGUGAGAUGUUUGGUGGAUCCGAUUCAUCCGAUGAAGAUUAUUUUCUUUACAACGAAAACUCAGUCACUUCUGAUUCAGAGUCAGAGUCAUCAAGCUCAAGUGGUGUAAUCUGGGGCAACAGCAACAAAAUUGAUGAUUCAAUUGUUUGCCAGUUUCUGGGAGGUAAAAAUGGUGGUGAAGGGUUUGAACCUGAGAUUCUGAAGCUGAUAAUGAGAGAGGAAAGGGAAGGAGAUGCAGAGGCAAAGCAAUCUUCAUGUGAUGGAAGGAUUUCAGAGUUGAGUGCUCGUGGCAUUUAUUCUGAAGAUGGGUAUGUGGAAAUGGAACCCUACAUGAAGGGUUUGAAGCCCUUAAGUGCACAUGGUUUUGGUUGUAAAGACUCUGCCAAAGUAGUGGUCAGAGACAAAAAAGAGGAAUUCAGGAAUGAGUUGGAGAAAAGAGAAGAAACUAGAUGGGAGGAUGAAUUGAGUAAUUCAGAAUCUGACGAGGGUGACUUUGAAUGGGAGCAUGAUGAUCUGGUGGAACAACUGAGAUUGGAAUUGAAAAAUUCAAGGCAAGGAGGACUUGCCACAAUUUUAGAAGAAGAGGAGGAGGUAGACGAAGAGGAAGAGGUGGUGGUGGUAGUGGUGGGAGAGGAAGAGGAGGAAAGAGUAUCCUCAAGAGUUGUUCAAGAUCCAAACCCAGUGGAAAUUGAAGAGAAAAUUGAACACAAGGAUCAAAUUGAUGAAAUUCUACAAGUUUACAAGAGCUAUGAAGAGAAGAUGAAGAAACUUGAUAUUUUGAAUUACCAGACCAUGCAUGCAUUAGGUCUGCUCCAACUAAAAGACCCUCUCAAAUUAAUUUCAAUACCAAAGUCUUCCAUCCAAGGUGCAAAGCCUGUAAUCUCUCAGAACUUGUGGCCACGCAAAGCAUCAAAGAACUCAUCUGACCCAUUGAUAAAGUUGGUGCAUGAACUGCAUAGAGAUUUGGAAUUGGUAUAUGUUGGGCAGGUUUGCCUCUCUUGGGAAAUCCUGUGUUGGCAACACAAGAAAGCCCUUGAGUUACAGCAAUAUGAUUCACAACGGUCUCAUAGCCAUAGGUAUAAUCAAGUUGCUGGUGAGUUUCAACUUUUUCAAGUACUAGUUCAAAGAUUCAUAGAGAAUGAACCAUUUCAAGGCCCUAGGCUACAGAACUAUGUCAAGAACCGAUGCGUGAUUCGCAACUUGCUCCAUGUUCCAGGCAUUAAAGAAGAUGAUAAAGGGUAUGAGGAAGAGGAUGCUGCUAUUGCAAGUGGAAGGUUGGCAGAGAUCAUCAAGGAAUCAAUGCGGGUGUUCUGGGAAUUUGUUCGAGCAGAUAAAGAUUACGGGAAUGUUAUCUUUAAAGCUUCUCAGCACCACAGAAUUGAUCUUAACGACCCUAUGAUUCCUGGUCUUAUGGUGGAGAUUAAAGCACAACUACAGAAAAAGGAGAGAAGGCUGAAGGACAUAGUGAGAACUGGGAAUUGCAUAGUGAAGAAGUUCCAAAAGCACCAUGAAGAUGAACUUGAUCAUGAGCAAUUGGUUGCUCAGGUGGGGUUGAGAUUGAUUUCGAGGGUGUUAAACAUGACAAAAUUGAAAAAAGAACAGGUAAUAUGGUGUAAAGAAAAGUUACACAGAAUCAAGUUUUUGAGCAGGAAGAUUGUCCAGGUGGAACCUUCCUUCUUGCUUUUUCCAUGUUGACUCAAAUCAAUUUGUUCUGAAUUGUAGACGAAGAAAAAAUUGGUAGAGGAAUAGAGAUAGGGAUACCUUUUCACAGAAAAUGCUAUCCUAAGAUUACACAGAAAUUGGGACACACGUCACAAAAUUCUCUGUAUAUAUUUAUAUAUGUAUACAUAAGCUUAUGCUUAUACAACAUGGUGAUAUAAUAAAUGGCAAGCUUGGUUA